ACUAGAUCUCUGCGGAAGAGCGCGGACGGACCGCUGCAAGUGUACACGCAUAGGGAUCAGUUACACAGCCUCAACCAAGGCUGUAGAGCAUUUACAGGACGAGUAUGUAGAGCCGAGCAGCUGAUAUGUAUAAAGCUGCGAGGAUGGCCGCAACGGCACUUUGUAGCAACCACCUGUUCAACUUUCCUCGACAAGAUGCCGAAACUCACGCAGUACAAUUACGUGUUUGCGAUCGGAACAUUCUUUGCUCUCCUCGAUGCCUUCAACAACGGUGCCAAUGAUGUGGCCAACGCCUGGGCUACUAGUGUGUCGUCCCGUUCCAUCUCAUACCGUCAGGCCAUGGUGCUCGGAACUAUUUUCGAGAUGCUCGGUGCCAUUCUAGUAGGUGCCCGUACCGCUGAUACCAUCAAGAACGGUAUUAUUCCCAACGCUGCUUUCCGUGGCGAUGCCGGUGUUCAGAUGCUUGCCUUCACAUGUGCCUUGGCUGGUGCGUCCAUCUGGGUGAUGUGGUGCACACGUCACUCGGCCCACGUUUCCUCCACUUACUCUCUCAUUUCUGCCAUUGCUGGUGUCGGUGUCGCUACUGUCGGUGUCAACCAGGUCCAAUGGGGAUGGAACAAGGGCAAGGGUCUCGGUGCCAUCUUUGCUGGUCUCGGUAUGGCCCCAGCGAUUGCCGCUGGUUUCGGUGCUUGCAUCUUCAUGCUCAUCAAGGUCACUGUUCACAUGCGCAAGAACCCCGUUCCAUGGGCCGUCUGGACUGCUCCAUUCUUCUUCCUUGUUGCUGGUACCAUCUGCACACUUUCUAUUGUCUACAAGGGAUCACCAAAGCUCGGCCUCAACAAGAAGCCCCCGACGUACAUUGCUGGAGUGACCGUCGGCACUGGUGCAGCUCUUGCUGUUCUCUCUGCCAUCUUCUUUGUUCCUUAUGUUCACGCCAAGGUCGUCAGGAAGGAUGCCAGUGUCAAGUGGUACCACGCUGCCCUCGGACCCCUCCUCUUCAAGCGUCCCAUCGUUCAGCCUUCCGAGCAGGCAAAUGUCCCCAACUACGCCGUCGUUCAGGAUGAAGAUGAAAAGUCCCUCUCAUCUGCUGACUCUCUCAAGGAGCACGGCGACAUUGAAACUGCCGGCAAAGGUGAACCCAACUCUGAGGUCCGCCCCGUCUCCUACUCGCCUCACGCCAACGAGUCUGGUGUUCCCGAGCUCACAUACGCCGAGGCUGUCGCUGCUGGUGAGGCCAAGCUCAACGCUCGUCUCUGCCUCAAGCGUGGCCCUCUCGGCUGGGCCAUGCGUACUCUCCGCGACAACAAAAUCGGUGAUGGUGAAAUCUACGAAAAGCACAACCUCAUCACCCUCGUCAAGCGCAUCCCUGCCAUGAUUGUCUGCGGUGCCCUCUAUGGACUUCACUACGAUAUUCACUCCGCACAGACUGGUGUUCACGGAACGCCUGAAGGCAGGCGUAUGGAACGAGUUUACGCUCACGCCAAAAAGUACCCCAACGAGGUCGAGCACACCUACUCCUUCAUUCAAAUCAUCACCGCCUGCACUGCUUCCUUCGCUCACGGCGCUAACGACAUCGGCAACUCUGUCGGUCCCUGGGCUGUCAUUUAUGGUGCUUGGACAUCUGGCGAUGCCGCAAAGGCGAAAGCACCUGUACCUGUCUGGCAGCUCGCAGUGCUCUCAGCAACAAUCUCCCUUGGUCUCAUCACUUACGGCUACAAGAUCAUGAUCGUUAUGGGCAACAAGCUGACCUAUCACAGUCCGUCUCGCGGAUCUUCUAUGGAGAUGGGCGCUGCCGUGACUGUGCUCGUCUUCUCCCAGUUCUCUUUGCCCGUUUCUACGUCGAUGUGCAUUACUGGAGCGACGGUAGGAGUUGGACUCUGCAAUGGAACAUACAAAGCGGUGAACUGGCAGCGUGUAGGCUUGCUUGUCUUCUCUUGGAUCAUGACGAUCCCCAUUGCCGGUACCAUCGCCGGUCUCAUCAUGGGUAUUGUACUCAACGCGCCGCAUUUCAAGUAGAAUGCUAAAGUAUGCGCCGCAUUUCAAUAGAGUACCAAAGUAUAUACUGCAGUGUCGCUCGUCUGUAGCUAGUAAAUCGUUUCGUCACCUUCUU